AUGAUGAUGUACGACUACGUUCUAAGUUUGACACUCGAGGUCAAGUUCAUAUGGACUCGAAAGGCUUCAUGGGCGACCAUCUCUAACGUCUUGCUUCGAUAUUGUGGCUUGAUCUUUGGGGUACUAUUAGAGGGUUUAGCAAUACCUUGGUCACAGAAAGUGCCGCUGGUUGUGAACUUGCUUGGUAUGGUCAGUGAGGUUAUCGUACUGUUCUUUCUACAAGGUGUUCUGGCUGUAAGAAUAUACGUCCUACUCGAACGACCCAGGCGGCUACUGCCUAUUCUCGCCGUGGGCUUUAUUCUGUCUCAGGCCAUGGUGAUCACAACCGGGGUCAUCGCAUUUAUUUUUGAUUCCAGAGAGAUAGAAUUGAUCGAAGUGUCAGGAAAACGCGUAUUCGUUUUCCACUCCCUUUCUCAGAUUUCGGUACUCUCACCUAUAGAGAACGGGAUUGAAGGGAUGUAUGAAGUGUUUCUGAGCUCUCUGGCCGUGUACUAUGCAUGCAAGAACCUUCGCAGGCGGGCUUGGAUUUCGCCAUGGUACUCGGCUCGAUCGCUAGCAGAGGUCGUUGUGCGUGGAAAUAUCAUGUAUUUUGCUAUUGCAUUUGUUCAAACAACCCUUGGAACGAUACAAUAUGUAAAGUCAGUGAACGAAUCCACAGUAUUCUGGUGCUUCUUUGAGAUAUCGCUCUAUAUGUGGAUUAGCAUGUCGGGACCAUGGCUCAUGCUCACCCUGCGCCAGAAGCACGAUGAAGAUAUAAGCGGAGGGGUAUCAGAUUUCAUGGAGCUGACUGAGCUGCGCUUUGAUAGAGCGUCACAUCACCCAGAUGACUCUACGACAUUGCAUGAUGAUUACGCUUAUAGUGAAGUAUAA